AUGGGAGCCAGUAAUGUGCUUCCUCCGCUCCUUAUCUCUCUGUUUUUGACGUUUCUUGCCACACAAGGAACUGAUAUCAUCACAGGAAACCAGACUCUAAAAGACGGAGACACCAUUGUUUCAAAAGGUGGGAGCUUCGAGCUUGGUUUUUUCUCUCCGGGAGGGUCGAGAAACCGUUAUCUCGGUAUUUGGUACAAGCAGAUCUCUCUCCAGACCGUUGUUUGGGUCGCAAACAGAGAUUCUCCUCUCUACGAUCUCUCAGGAACCUUAAAACUCUCUGGAAACGGGAGCUUAUGUCUCUUCAAUGGCAGAAACUACCUCCUCUGGUCAUCAUCAUCAUCGUCCCAGAAAUUUAAAAUAGAAAGCCCGAUUGUUCAGAUUCUUGAUACAGGUAAUUUAGUUGUAAGAAACUCAGGGGAUGAUCAAGAUUACUUAUGGCAGAGUUUAGAUUACCCAGGAGAUAUGUUUCUUCCAGGAAUGAAAUAUGGUAUCAACUUUGUAACCGGUAUAAACCGGUUCUUGACUUCUUGGAGAUCUCCAGACGAUCCAUCCACUGGUAACUUCACGAAUAAAAUGGAUCCAAACGGCGUCCCGCAGUUUUUCCUGAAGAAAAACUCGGUUGAUAUCUUCAGGGCUGGUCCAUGGAACGGUCUAAGGUUCACAGGUAUGCCUCACCUAAAACCUAACCCUAUCUACCGGUACGAGUUCGUGUUCACGGAGGAAGAAGCUUACUAUACUUACAAGCUUGAAAACCCAUCGGUGAUCACAAGAAUGCAGCUAAAUCCCAAUGGAGCUUUGCAACGUUACACUUGGGUCGAUAGCCUUCAGAGUUGGAACUUCUAUUUAUCGGCUAUGAUGGAUAGUUGUGAUCUCUACACGUUGUGUGGCUCUUACGGAAGCUGCAACAUCAAUGAAUCUCCGGCUUGUAGGUGUUUGAAAGGGUUUGUUCCUAAAUCUCCAGAGGCUUGGGUUGCAGGGGAUUGGUCCCAAGGGUGUGUUAGGAGAGUGAAAAUGAGCUGGGGUAAAGGAGAAGGAGACUUUCUAAAGAUUUCAAAGUUGAAGUUACCAGAUACAAGAACAUCUUGGUAUGAUAAGAGCAUGGAUUUGAACGAAUGCAAAAGGGUAUGCUUGAGAAACUGUUCUUGCUCGGCUUAUUCGCAUUUUGAUAUUAGAGAUGGAGGAAAAGGAUGUAUUCUCUGGUUCGGAGAUUUGAUUGAUAUAAGAGAGUAUAAUGAAAACGGACAAGAUCUGUAUGUGAGACUUGCUUCUUCUGAAAUAGACAAGUAUAAUAUCCAUGACGUGAAUGGGAAGUUAGGGAUGAUGCUCAUCAUAUUAUUAUCGACAGCACUGUUUCUUUUUUGCAUUUGCAUUGGCUUGACUCUCUUCAACGUGAAGAAUAAGAAACUUGCAACAAAAGAAAUGGUGCAACGCGAAUCAGUCCGUGUUUCCAGCAGAAAACAAGAGGAUGAAGAUCUUGAAUUGCCGUUUCUUGAUCUUGAUGCGAUAUCAGAAGCUACAGAUAGAUUCUCUGAAGGAAAUAAACUUGGACAAGGUGGUUUUGGACCAGUCUAUAAGGGAACAUUGGCUUGUGGACAAGAAAUAGCUGUAAAGAGGCUAUCAAGAACGUCGAGACAAGGGAAAGAAGAAUUCAAGAACGAGAUCACAUUGAUUGCAAAGCUUCAACACAGAAAUCUAGUAAAGAUUCUCGGAUAUUGUGUGGAGGAGGAUGAAAGAAUGCUUAUCUACGAGUAUCAACCAAACAGAAGUGUGGACUCUUUCAUUUUCGAUAAAGAGCGUCGCAGAGAACUUGAUUGGCCUAAACGGCUGGAAAUAAUCAAAGGGAUUGCUCGGGGACUGAUGUAUCUCCAUCAAGAUUCAAGGCUUCGAAUCAUCCACCGUGAUCUCAAAGCAAGCAAUGUUUUGCUUGAUUCUGAUAUGAACGCAAAAAUCUCUGAUUUUGGAUUGGCUAGAACCUUGGGAGGAGAUGAAACUGAAGCAAACACGACCAAAGUGGUUGGAACAUAUGGAUAUAUGUCUCCAGAAUAUCAAAUCGACGGCUAUUUCUCAUUAAAAUCCGAUGUAUUUAGCUUCGGGGUAUUGGUAUUAGAGAUCGUAUCAGGAAGAAGAAACCGCGGAUUCUGUAAUCAAGAAGACAAGCUUAACCUUAUUGGACACGCUUGGAGGCAAUACACAGAAGAUAAAGCAUGCGAACUAAUCGAUGAAGCUUUCAAAGAGUCAUGUACCGAUAUAUCUGAAGUUUUAAGAGUGAUACACAUUGGUCUGCUAUGUGUACAACAAGAUCCUAAAGAUAGACCAAACAUGUCAGUGGUGGUUCUGAUGCUGAGCAGUGAAAUGUUGCUUCUUGAUCCGAAGCAGCCAGGGUUUUUUAAUGAAAGAAAUCUCUUGUUUUCGGACACUGUAUCGAUUAAUCUCGAGAUUCCUUCCAAUAACUUACAAACCAUGAGUGUAAUAGAGCCUAGAUAAACCUUGUCAACUGGUUUUUGUAUAUUCUAGAAUCUGUAACCUUUUUA